GGCCACGAUGACUAUGCUCUUCAGCCCGUCGUCCCUCAUUCCACCUGUGCCUGUAUAUUCCUUUUGUUCCUGCGCGACACCAGGCUGAAUCACAACCCCGUUUCAUUUCGACUUGCUUUUUACUCCUCGUUCUGGAACACAUCGCCUUCACAUCUUCGCAAACAUCGUCUCAGUCAACACACAUAGCCCAACCAUGGGUCAUCCAGCACUCACGUCACGGGAGCACCUGGAGCUUUUGAGGAGCUCUGCUUUCGAAUCCGAGCACGCCUGGCUCUACGACAACUCCUAUUUGCAACACGAGGCAGCGGCGUUGGCGCUGGAGCAAGAGAUUGAGCAGUCACAUGCCAGCAUAUCGCCCGACGACAACUCCGACGAGCAAGUCCGCAUACUCAAGACGCAGAUCAACAUCCACAGAGAGAGACAGAGGGCGCUGAGGCCACACCUUGAAAGUGGGAGCGAUCAGAUUGACGAAGAGGGCAAUGAGUGUGUCUUUGUACCAGCACCGAAUCAAUGGGGAGCCAACGGAGACUUGGACGAGGAGAGUGAGAGCCUAUCCGCAAUCCAUAACCUCCUCACCUGGCAAACUUCCUACUCGCCUGUGUCACAUGCUCCACAUGACGAACUCCCUUCUCCUGACAUCCCGUACCACUCGUUACUCGAUCCUACACAGCCUACAACGACGUACAAUCUUCACCGCACACGAGAAUGGACCGGGUCUUCAGGCUUCCGGAAGUAUAUCUACAGCGCACGCGACUACUCGAACAAAUACGCUUUGUAUAUGCUUGAAGCCACCCAUCGCGACGACAGUCAAGUCAACGCUGCCGACUUCUUCCGCGUCGCUGAAUUCCCACAACCGUGCAUAUCUAUCCUUCUCUCUGGCAUCGACAAGAAGCGUAUGGCGACUAAAGAUGCUGCCUACAAAUCGCGAAGCAUACACCUGAAGGGCCCCUUCUCGCAACCGAUUUCUGAAUAUCCAGAUAGACAGCACAAGAUUCCGUGGUCGCCACGACGCUUUAAAUACGGCGGACGACGGUUCGUGUGGAAACAGGGUGAUCCAAACGAUGAUGCAAUGCCGGAGACAUUGUACGAAUACCAGCAAGAUUGGAUGAAACCUGGAAGCAGGACGGGCAAGCGAUGCGACGACGCGAAGCCAAUCAAACUAGUAUGGGGCGAGAAGAGAAGGAAGGGCAAAGUGGACAGUUAUACGAUCCAUUUCAGAGGUGGCAUGGACCAAGUAUUCAGGGAGAUUCUGCUUGCAAGCCAGAUGGCGCGGCAGGUAUGCCUCUUUACUGCAAUGGACUAAGGCGCCGUGGCACGUUGGAAGGAGGUGAAAUUGUACUUGUAUAACCACACAGCGAGGGGCGUUAAUGGGGCCGUAUGACACGGUAUGGAUACCAUAGAGCAGCGUUUUGGCACUUGGCUCACAUUGAAGCAUUUUGUUACUACUAUUUACAGUAUCUUGGAAGUGGACAGCAGGCUUCUCUACUACCUAGGACAUAUUCGGAGCCCAAGGGC